AUGCCUCCUAAAUAUGAGUCUGGUGCUCAAAAGAGGAAAAGGAAACGAAAUGAAAUUGCAUUGAUUCAAAGUCAAGUAGGGGAUAUUAACAAGUACUUCAAAAGCAACAAUGUGAAUGCGUUGAAUGAGGAUGAAGUAGAGAUUCAACCUGCCCAUGUUAAUGAAGUAGAUAGUACGGAUGAAGAAGUGAGUCAACUUGACUAUGUUAAUGAAUUAUUUAAAACAUCCAAAAAUGUGACCAAAGUUGGCCAACUAGGUAAUGAUGGAUUCAAAGAUUGGCAUAAUUUGCAUCGGUCUAUUAAAAGUCAUGAAGGAAAUGAAGACCAUUUAUGUUGCAUGACUGACUGGAUUGAAUUGGAAAAUAGGCUUCGAACAAAAGUUACAAUUGAUAAAAGUGUUGAAUUGUUGAUCGAUCCAGAAAGAGAACAUUGGAGGCAUGUAUUAACAAGGAUAAUCGCUAUUAUUAAAAGACUCGCCAAAAAUAUCUUGUCAUUUCGAGGAGAUGAUGAGAGACUAAAUGUUGAGAAUAAUGGCCUAUUUUUACAAAUGGUGGAAAUGGUUAGUGAGUUUGAUCCAGUAAUGAAAGAGCACCUUCGGCGGGCUAAUGCAAAAGAGAUUCAAUACACGUAUCUUGCAAACUUACCUACAGUUGAGGAACAUUGGCUUGAAUUUUUGAAGGUAGAUGACACAACAGGACUUGGACUUGCAACCGAGCUUCAAAAGGCUUUUGAUCAAAUUUGA